AUGGCUAAAUUCUCUAAAGACGUGAGCUCUUCAAGGCGCAAGAGCCGUAAAGCACACUUUUCAGCACCAUCUUCCGUGCGUAGGAAAAUUAUGAGUGCUGCAUUGUCCAAGGAGCUCCGAGAUAAAUAUAAUGUCCGCUCAAUCCCAAUCCGCAAAGACGACGAAGUCCGCAUAGUACGCGGCAGCGCCAAAGGUCGUGACGGAAAAGUCACACAAGUGUACCGUAAACGCUGGGUGAUUCACAUUGAACGCAUCAACAAGGAAAAGGUCAACGGGACGAGUGUCCCGACCGGGAUUCACCCGUCAAAAGUUGUCGUUACGAAGUUGAAGUUGGACAAGGAUCGAAAGGAUCUGUUGGAGCGAAAGAAUCGGUCCAAUCGUAAAGAGAAGGGUAAAGAGACAGCGACUGCCACUGAAACCGUUGAAGCUAUGGAAGAGGGAUACCAAUGGAUCGUCAAUGACUUUCCCCACGUUCCCAUCGCGACGCAGCUUGCAUAUAUCAAUCAAAGAGAUCCAACAAUUGUAAUGGAGGAAUGA